CGCCAGUCCCCACCUGGCACUUGUCUGUGUUACUGUCAGGAUUUGUCUGACUCCGCGUUCCCUCGCAGGGGUGUGUUGGGGGGAGUCCUCUUUGCAACUCUCAGAAUGGUUAUCAAAGUGUUUGUUGCCACAUCAUCUGGGUCCAUAGCGAUUAGGAAGAAACAGCAAGAAGUAGUGGGCUUUUUGGAAGCUAAUAAAAUCGAUUUUAAGGAGUUCGAUAUUGCUGGAGAUGAAGACAAUCGGAGGUGGAUGAGAGAGAACGUUCCCGGAGAGAAGAAACCUCAGAAUGGGAUUCCUCUGCCCCCACAGAUAUUCAACGAAGAGCAGUACUGUGGGGAUUUUGACUCGUUCUUCUCUGCAAAAGAAGAGAAUAUUAUUUAUUCCUUCCUUGGCUUGGCUCCCCCUCCAGGCUCAAAGGUGACAAAAUCGCCCGAGGAAGCAUCUUCCCUUCCCAAUGGUGAUGUGGCAGGAGAAGCACAGAGCAACACAGAGGGAACAGAGAAGACUGAAGAAAGUGGACAACACGAGGCACCAAAAGAGGGCAAUGAAGAUGAGGGCGACCUCACUGGAUCCCCAGAGAAGCAUGAAGAAGAGGGAGAGACAGCAACAGAAGAGACAGAAGAAAUAACUGCGGAGGAAGCAGAAGGGGAAGCGGAGGAAGAGGAAGCUGAGAAAGGAGAGGAGGGGCCAGGAGAAGAAGAAGAAGAAGGAGAAGAGGAAGGAGAUUCUUAGGCCUUUUCAUGCUUUAUUCUUCCACGUGUCCAGGAAACCCAAGCCAUGAAGCACCAUUUCAACUCUCUUCCCACAAACCAAAUUCAACAAAAUGCUUUGGCCCGAAGCUCGUACACGUCUGUCAGUACAUCCAGGGUUCACCAAGGAAUUGUAUGAUCCGACAUGGUUAGAUCUCCAUGCAUAUACCUGCUUAAUCAUAUCAACAUGAAAUCAAAUGUGAAGACAACACAUGCAUACCUUCAUGGGCCUGACAUUUGUGGCCUUUGCUUAAUUUUUUUUUUUUUGCUCUGCAUGAAUAGACCUUCUAAUACUCUGAAAAAAAAUGUCAAAAUAUAGAACUUCUCUUUGUGAUAUGACAAAAGUAUUUCUUUGUAUGUUCCU